AUGGUAACGUACAAACGAUUGUGAUUGACUAGUCUGUUUCAAGUCCUGUGUAAGAGUGUAUCAAUUAUUUACAGGUUGUAAUAACUAUUGACAUACUAAUUCGGUCAAUUUCUAAAUUAAACACAAUUUUGAAAAGGAAUUGUUUGAAUGUAUGUCAAGUUAGGGUUUUCAAAUCUUUAUCAUACAAACGGUUGUCUAAUGAAAAUUAAAAAAAGUUUCAAUUAAAUAACGAAGCGAGGCUAGCUUCGCUGGCUCAAAAUGACACCAACACUGUUGUUACAUGAUGCGAUGAUGAAGAGAUCAAAUCAGGGUAUUGAAAAAGCGUAGUAUACUUCGCCUACAACUUUACAAGCUGACUAACCUAUAGUUACCUUCAUUGUGAAAUGAUGGAAAUCUAGUCUUCCCAAUGACUAUAUGAACAGAGGGAUGCCAUGGGAACCAAGGUAUCCAAGAACCAAGGGGACACAGCCUCCAAGAAAGUAAAAGCCGUUGCUGCUUUCCAACUUGCCGGACAGAACACCAAGCUAAAGAGAGCAGCUCAGUUUGCAAAAGCUGCAGCCUCUGCAAAAGUUGAUGUAAAGAAAGUAGAUCUGAAUCUUCCUCCCAAACCGCCAUCCUCUCCUGCUGUUGCCAAUCAUGCUUGCGUUGAAGCUUCCACUCUUUGUGGGUUUCCACUACCGUCCCUCAUCGAUGCCAAGUUUAAUGUCAAUGCCAAACAUGGUGGGGGAACUGCCUUACUUAUGCUCACAAGAGGCAAGCAAGACAGCGAUUCCUCUGAAAUCACUUUGCUUAGAUGCGGUUUUGAUGGCAACCACUAUUCAUUCAAGUCAUUGGCCCAAGGCGGUGAACACAGUAUCUACAAUUGGAACGAGGUCUUCACCGACCCUCAGGGAUUCCUCCAACCAAAAUUGCUCUUUGGGAAAUCCCACGCCACUGUCCUCUCCAACUUGGUUCAGUUUGGCCAUGGCGGUUGCGGGGUGCUGUUCGAAGGACCCAAGACCGGAAUCUUAAAUUCAUCUGCCAGCAUUGUCCCAACGCCUCCCAUCAGUUCAGUAUCUGACGCAGACGGCUCAUGUGCUUUGGUGAUAUGCAGCGCCCAGCCUAAUAAGUCGGGAGCAGUACAGAGUCAGACAUACCUUGUUCAUUUUCAGCGAGAUGGCCAUGUCAAACCGGUUCCCUUGGUGCCUGAUGGAAGUGACAGUUUUACCAUGAGGACCUACGAUGGAAAAACACUUGAACUCUGUGGGCCAUCUUACAGUCACUUUGUAGUGUUUCACAGCAAGAGCGCUGCCUUUGCAGAGGAUCACCAUGACAAACCUAGAGGAAAGGUUGUCCAUCUCCAGGAAUUUAGUGGGAUCAACCCAACCACUCUCCUUGAAGAUACCUCAAACUUUGUAGGCCGGUCCAUGCUGGUCAUGUGUUCUCAUAGCUUACAGGACGAAGACUCAACAACAUCAGCUCUUUAUCAGGUGACCCUGAUGAAAGGUCAAGCUGGUGUUGCUUACAUUGCUGGAAUGUCCGGUGUCCUCCAAUCUGCAGACGUGUGGACCAUCACAAUGACCAAUGAGAAAGCCCUUCAGAUUGUUGGACCUAAAGGACCAUGCCGCUAUUCACUCUUCUCAAACAUUCCGGAAGAUGUUCCAGACCCAAACGAUAGGUGUUUAUCUCCAUUCUGCCUAGCAACAGGGGAUGCAGAAACCAUAGAGGGUGGCCUGAUCAUCGAUGAUGAUAACUUGACCGUCUGGGUGGACAGUAUGACCAAGGUAUUGGUCACUUGUGAUGGGGUUACUAUCCAGGAGGUGGAGGGAGGAAACUGGUUGGAACAGCCAGACGGUAGAUUGGCUUUCCAGAGGGAGUUGACUGAGAAGGAGAAGAGCACUGGACUGAAGUUUUAUCGAGCGUUUGCUGUAGUGAAAGAUAUUAAUGGAGCUGAUGUAUCAAUAGAACUAGGGGAUUCCCCUCAUCAGGUGAUCAAGGAGCCUCCUGGGAUAGCCUAUGCUUUGAACUGUGGUGGACCAGCAUAUGAAGCACUCAAUGGAGUCGUCUUCAAUAACACUCAGAUGCAGUUUAAACCCAAUGAAUUUGGGGGUCUCAAGUGCAUCAACAAGUUUGGUUGUCAAACCCCACAAAAUCGCAACCUCUAUGCGCUGUUGGGAAAUACAUAUGAUCCUUAUCUCUUCAGCACACACAAUCGAACACACAAUGGUUUUGUGGAUACCAUGAAAUUUCCGUUGCCAUUACAAGCAGGAGACUAUAUGCUACGUCUUCAUGCUGUAGGAGCAGAUUUGGCAAAGAGUUGUAUUUAUGAUAAUACUUCAGACUACACGAGUCAACUCCUGAAACAGUUGGAAACGAAAGGCCACAUCCACGCUGUAGGAACCACAGCUAAAACAUGUGAAGUACCAAUCACAGUAGGUGAUGAAGGCACUACACUUACCUUCCAAACAGAUGGUGGUGAUGUUUGUGUGUCGGGAAUCUUGGUGUAUGACAAGAAUUUCAAGGAACCAACUCUCACACCAGAAGAGCAAGAGAAGGAAACUAAGACCAAACAAGAGCUUGCUGAUAAGUUACUACCGUUGAGCCGAACAUUCUCUCUGAAAGAAAUGAAGAUCGCUGGCUGGUCUCAAAACCUCCUUGAAAAUGCAUCAGGAGAGAAUGGUGAUAUGACACGCUGGAACUAUGGUGGGAAUUUCAAAAUUGUUGACGGUGGUGAUGGCACGGAGAAGCAGUUUAUAACUUCCUAUGAACCCUGUACCAAAUCACAAGACAUUGUUCUGACUCAACAUUUCUCAGAGGAACAUCUCGACACAGCCCCAGAGAUUCAGGUAUCAGAAUCUUUCCAUGAGGGUACAUGUAAAGGAGGCUUCUACAAUCUCACCGUGACCCUAAUGGACGAAAAUGACCAGGUCAUCGUUAAAAUGACGACUGGGAAAAAGGGCAGUAUUGUGACUCCGGGAUGGAUCAAAGAAGCCUUUACUUUCAAGGAUUAUGGACGAGGCCUCAGAACGAUCAACUUUACGAGCGUUGGUCACGAUGAUAAAAACUGGGCAGGUCACUUUGGUAUCCAUAUGUCUGCCGCUGUGGUGCGUGUGAUGAGCGAAGUCAGCCCAGCAAGUGGAGAUGAGUAUUCAGACGUUGAGACGAUUACACCUGAAGAUCGGAAACACGAAAUCUCUUCUUUCUUGAAUCAACUGCAAGAGGACUAUCGAGAUACUCUGAAGUUUAUGCUUAUGAAACCCUCUGCCAGUAAACAAAAAGCUGCCGUAAACGUGACUGCCAAUCCAGAAAGUGCAGAAUUAAUCCUUAACAUAAAGAAGCCAUCAUCGAAGCGUGAGAUCAGAGUCUUUGUAUCAAGCACGUUCCGAGACUUUGAGGAGGAAAGAGAGAUUAUCAUCAAGAAGGUCUUCCGUGAGAUCAAUCGCCUUUGUCUAGAUCGAGGAGCCUUCUUUACCUAUGUUGACCUUCGUUGGGGUAUCACAGAGGAGCAGACUAAAAGUGGAAGAACCAUUGAGAUAUGUCUAAGAGAGAUUGACAAGUGUCGUCCAUACUUCAUUUGCCUGAUGGGAGAUAGGUUUGGGUGGAGCCAAUCCGAAGAGAUCAAAGAUGAACUCCUAGAUUUGAGCUUUGAUACUGCGAUAGAAGAAUUCAAGCAGUUUAAGUGGGUAGAUGAAUACCGAUUUGACUCUAGUGUUACACAGUUGGAGGUUGUACAUGGAGCAAUCAGACCUCAUGAUGAGCUGAAGAAGGACAAGAUCUUUUUCUAUCUUCGAGAGCAUAGAGUAAAGAGAGAAGACCUUCCGCCCCCAGUAAAGACUGAAAAAGAGAAAAAUAAAUUGAAAGGAGAAACUCAGUGGCACUUUGAUUUGCAACAGAAGUUAAGAGAAUCUGUCAUUGAGUCUGGACACACAUGCAGAAAUUUCAAAGAAGCUAUCGAUGCUGCAGCGAUGAUCAGAGAGGAUUUGGUGAAGUGUAUCAAUGAGGAUUUCCCGCCCGGUACCAACCUGACAGCUCUGCAGAGAGAAUCAGAAGCCCACGAUGCCUUCGCAAACGCGAGACGACGCGUAUACAUCGGACGACAGGAAUACUUUGAUUACAUCGACAACUACUUUUCCAAGAAACCUAAGAAUCCACUGACAGUCAUUGGGGAAUCUGGAUCUGGUAAAUCUGCCCUCAUCGCCAACUGGUGCGGUCGUUUUGAAAAGCAAAACCCUGGAACUUUCCUCUUCAAACAUUUCAUCGGGAGCUCAGCCGAAAGUGCCUCUCAUUUGAAUCUCUUGAGGAGACUGUAUGGUGAGAUGAAGCAGUUCUUCAACCUUGAACUUGAAAUACCAACAUCUGACAGAAACUUGGUUAUUGACCUUCCAUCAUGGCUUAGUAUCGUGAGCAAUAGGUCAAAGGUCAUGAUCGUCCUGGAUGCAUUGAAUCAGCUGGACAGUGGAGCGGGAGGAAAUGGGGAUGAGAAGAGCUUGACAUGGUUGCCAAAGAAUUUGCCUCCUAACUUGCAAAUGCUUCUAUCUACUCUUCCGGGGAAGUGCCAUGAUGCCGUUAAGACGUCUGGAUGGCCAACCUACAAGGUUGAAGCCCUGCAGGAGAAAGAGAAGCUGGACAUCAUCACAGGAUACAUGAAUCUUUAUGGAAAGACUCUCAAUCAGGAACAGAUGGAUCUUAUCCUCACCUCAAAACAGAGCUCAAAUCCUCUAUACCUCAAGGCUUUGCUGGAUGAGGUUCGGAUGUACGGCAGUUUCUCCCAGCUCACCACCGCCAUCAAGAGUUACUUGGCAGCGGAUGACCCUGGUGCCCUCUUUGUCAAGAUCCUUCAGAGGUUGGAAAACGAUUUUGAGACGGGAGCUGUGUCAAGACCAAAUCUUGUGAAGGAUACAACUACAGCUAUUUGGUGUUCACAUCGAGGAAUGAGUGAAAAUGAACUAAUGACAAUGCUCAAGGUACCAAGCGCAGUUUGGUCACCUUUCUACCUCUCACUCGAGGAAAAUCUUAUCAAUCGGAAUGGACUGGUGAAUUUCUUCCAUGAUCAUCUCAGGCAAGCCGUUGAGAGUCGCUACCUCCCCACGGAGGAGGACAAGUGCAAGAUGUACUUGGAGCUGGCCAAUUUCUUCAAUGCACAAGAUAUUGAUGAUCGAUAUGCCGAUGAGGUCCCUUACCUAUUAUGUCAAGCGAGGGAGCUGUCACGUCUCAGGGCAACCAUCCUCAAUAUCAAUGUAUUCCAGAUCCUGAUGAAAACAGAAGAUGGAAACUUCCAGCUCAUCAAAGCUUGGAGAACAUUGGGAGGUUUUGAACCAGUGGAGCAAGCCUAUCUCGACGUCCUCUCUCGGUCUGAAAUCUGGGAAGAAUCAAGAGACAAGGUUGAACUGAUCAAGUCCAUGGGUGUUUUCUUUAUACAGCUUGGGUUACUGCGAGGGGCCAGAGUCUUGAAUGAACGUCUGUUGAAGGAGCUUGAGCUGAGAUACCUUGCUGAGCAUUCUACCAUUGUACAACAUCAUUUCAACUACAGCAUGAAACACAAAUGCAACCAUCCAACCGUCAUUGAUGUGUUAAUAGAACUCGGAAAUGUGUGUCUGAAGCAAGGCAAGUUUGACCCUGCUGAAGCACACCUGGAGGACGCCCUCUCUAGGCUGAACAAGGUCAGGACGCUGCAACAGAAACUCCAGUUAGUCAAGGCCGUCAUAACCUUAGUAUCCGUCAAACGUCGGCAAGGGAAUGUGGAUUUUGCCAAGAAGGUACUGAUGCGAGCCUUUGGUGUGAGCAAAGAGGUUGUCGGUCCUGAUCAUCAUUAUACAGCUGCUCUGGUUGGACAGCUUGGAGAAAUACUGUACGACCAAAGUCGACUGGAGGAGGCCAUCGCCUGCCAUACCUUUGAUUUCAACGAGACCCUCAAAGAAGGUGGAUCUGAUCAUCCUCACAUAGCAGCCAUCUUGAACAAUAUUGGAUUGGUGCAGGAUGAUAUGAAUGCUAGUGGUACAGAGAAGACUUUCAAGUUGGCCUUAGGGAUCUUACUUGAGGCAUACGGCAAGGAUCAUGUGGAUGUGGCGACUGUUAGAUACAAUCUUGGAGCGCAGUUCUUUGGGAAUAAGAUGUACCAACAUGCCAAGUUCCAGUUUGAAGAAGCCCACCGUGUCUUUGAUCUAUUCCUUGGUGAUCACCCAAGCGCUAAGGCAGCAAAGAAAGCUGUUGAUAUGGUCAAUAAAUUGUGAAUGAUAUCUUUGUCACCAACCAAAUAAAUUAAUAUUUGUUUGGUCCGUGUUGGAGUAUUGAGUCUGUUGCUAGUUGCCAAAUAUUUCCCACAAUACCUGAUUGAAAGUGCUUAUGAUAUGAACACCUUCAAUCUUGGCACAUUUUCAAUCAACUGUGUGACGGGGUGAAUGUACAAUAGGUAGAUAUCUAAAACAAAGGCAUUUCGAUCCAUGGUAUUUUGUUAAGUCUUUCGUUAUCACCUUGAAUUGUGAGGCCAAAUGAAUUUGAAUUUAGAAUAAAAAUUUAGAAUUUUGUACUACCUGUCUUUUAUGAGAAUUUAUCAGGGUAAAAGUGUUAUGUAUUCUGUAUAAGACUAAGUGUUCCAAAGUAUUAAAAAAGUUUUCAUGUUCUUUUGCGUAUAACAAUUUGGGAAAUUGAAGAAAGAAAGUUAUAUAAUAGCACAGUUCAACUUAGAUGUAUAUUUUUUAGAUCAUAUCUUUCAUCUUUAUGUGACUAAAUAUAUAGAGAAGUAAUUAUUCUACGUCUUUCAGAAAAAAAAAUCAGGGUAAAAUUUUAAAGAGAACAUUGUAUGUCGUGUCACCUUGAACUUCAUGAGACCAUAUGGACAAGAUUUAAAAGUAAUUCUUGUAAUAUACAUGUUUAUUUGUCUUUCUUGAUGUUGAAUGUUUGAGUAUUAAUACCACCUUUGUUGAAUUGAACAUGUUUAAUAGUAUUACAUGUAUUUUUUAUAGAUUAUGUCUUUUACGUGAAGACAUUCUAAAUUGUGGAGCAGUGAGGACAUAUUUUUAACAUGUCUUCUUACAAUUUGUUGUACCAAAUAUUUAUAUUUUGAUUAUAGAGCAAGGUAGAAUGUAUUUUUAUUAGUUUUGUGUGCCUUUGAGGUCAGGAUGAUGGUGUCAAAGGUCAUGUAGGGGUCAAAAGGCCAAGCUUUUGUUCAACUUGCUCUCACUUCUUUCUAUGAUUUUGAUCACACCUAGUUAAAAUGAUCCAUGGGUAAAAACACGUGUGUGUUCAUGAGGAUGAGAAGGUCAAAGGUCAUCCAGGGGUCAAAAUAUCAUAUUGCAUAUUUUAUUCAUCGCAAAAUCAGGUCAGACUCGUGGUUCGUAAACCAUCUUGUUCAUGGAGAAAUAUUUGUUUUUUUGGUUACCGCACCUUGAUAUUUGUGACUUCACUCGGGGUAAACCUUGACAAAUAUUCACAGUUCAUGUCUUUUGUUGUUAAGUAUUGAGGACAAAUUAAAGCUCUUGUAAAGAACCUUACAAGUACUGAGUUGUAUAUCACCUUGAAAUUUUUGAAACCAAAUGAUUACAUUUAAAUUUGAUAUUAGGGACAUGUUUUUCGAGCUUUGUUUUCUUCUUGAAUUCAUCUGUCUGAAGUGAUAAUUGGGCAAUUAUUUCAUAUUAUUUUGUUGUUGUUGAUGACACUUACUUGGAAUUCUGAAACUUAAUCAGACAAGUAUUUUUAGAUGUCUUUCAUUGGUCUGUGUAGAAAAUCUAUUUUAUUUUUUUGUAUCUUUGGUUUUUACAUGCAUAUUAAUUUAUUUAGCCCUAGGGAUUGUAGAUACCAUCAAAUAAUGGAAUACAUGUUUGUAAAAUGUAAUAUUCCUGGAUCAUCAGAAUUUUGAAAAUUAGUGCAAUUAUUCAACAUUUUGUACAAGUUUAUGACAUUUUUAGUUUGUCAAUAUGUACAGAGGGAAUUUGAUAUGGAGAUGAGUGUUUGUUGAAAAUAAUUUUAAGAGUUUUUACAAGCCUUAUGAAUAAAAAUCCCAUUCCAAUAUAAUUUUUUGUAUACCAAGUUUUAUUUGCCACCUUGAAGUUUUAAAAGCCAAAUAAUAAGAUUUUGAAAUUUGUGAAUUUGAACAAAGUCAAAGUGAAUAAUGUGAGACAAAAUUGUUUGUUAGUAUUGAUGACAAUACUUGUUUUGUUUUCCUGAAAUUAGGAAAUUACUCAAAGAUUUCAUCUCUCUUGUUUACUGCGUACCACCCUGGAACUUGUGAGCAUGCAGAUGGUAUAUUAGAUGAUUUCUUUUAUAUCAAGAGAUAAUAUAUUUUAAGUCUUUUGAGGAUGGAAUCUGACAAUUAACAUCUUGUACUAGAUUAGUUUAAAUAAGGUAUUUUGUUAUCUGAAAAAAUAGUAUUUCAGUGAUUGAUCUAUCUUCAUGAUGCUUGGUAAAAUCAGAUAAUUAUUUGAUGUUAUCUGGAAAUAUAAUGAGUGUUAUUUUGUGUCUUUCAUUGUCUGCUGAACUCAGCGUGACCAAAUACUCCAAAUUGAGUACAAACUUGCAGGAGCUUUUCUCAUUUACUACUUCUGUCCCCAUGACUGCAAUGAUGGAGGUCAGGUCUUAUGUAUUAUAUACAUAUCUUUUACAUUUUGUCUCUGUCUACAGUAUGUUGUUACAUAUUGCAAUAAUUUUGUACAUGUAUUAUUUUAGUGGAAUUCAUUGUGAUAGAGUUUGUGUAAAUGUUUUCAAGUGUAUGUUUAGAUUUUAUCCAUGCAUUAAUUAUAUUAUAGUAUUAUUUCAUAUGAAUGAUAUCAAUUUUGUGAUUUAUUUUUGCAUUGAUCUGUAGAUUUAUAGCAAAGGUUAGCUAAUACCAGUCAUAUUUAUAUCAGUUUGAUUAUAACAAAAUCUUGCAAAAAUGUUAUGACAAAGCCAGUGAAGAAUGUACUUAUUUAGUUUAUGACAAAACCUUCUGUGACGCAUAAUAGCUUUUAUAGGCUUUAAUUAUCAAAUCUAUAAUAGAAUCUAAGAAUAAUUUUCAGUUUUGGUGAAGCACAUGAAAAUAGUAAGCCAAGUAAAUUCAAAAUCUUCUGCUGAUAUUAUCUCAUUAUAGAUGUAUCUUGAUAAAAAUAUCAACAUGGUUCGAGUGGAUUUGAUUUUGUAUUGGUAUGAUGAUUUUGAUAACCUACAAUAAAUCUUAUAAAGAUGGAAUGAUGAAACUUUCAAUUAAAUGAUUUUAGUCAUAUUAUAAUGAUGAAAAGAGUAUAAAGAAUUGGCAAUACAUAGAAUUAGAAGGUACAGUACUGAGAGGAAAUGUUUACAAUAAUUAACCCGGCAUUGUUUCACUUAAUUCACUGGCUUUUCAAAUAUUUAAGUAUAGUUUUGACAGAAACGGUGUGUGAUUCCUUAUAUAUUAGUCUAUUGUAACAAUUUUAAUUAGUACUAACAUUCCAAUUUUUUAUUAUCUUCUAGAAUUGUUAUGUUGUGAUUUAAACUUUCAUUCUAUAUGGUAACAUGCAUGAGAUGUUUGAUUCUUGCUUUUCUCACCAGUAAUAACAAAUCGAAUACGGGCAUGAAUGUAAAUCACAAACUACAUUACCCAUCAUUAAAGGGGAAGUUCACCCACACACAACAAUGAUUUAAUGUUGAUUUAAUAUCCAAGUCCUUUGGAAGCGCAUAGGGACGUUAUGACAUAAUAAGAUAUGCUAUACAAGAACUGCGUUAUUAUUAUUAUUGACUACAAAGAAGGCAAUCAAACAAGAACUUAUGAAAUUUCUAAUAUAACAAAACAUAAACAAUAUUACAAAUAUCACCAAUUUAAUUCAUAAAUCAGUUAUAUGCACACCUCGCUUAGUAAUAGUAUGCAAAUUAGGAAACCGAUGAUGAUAUCCCUUCAUCAUUUCUUCUAAAAUAUGUUCAUAUUUUCCUCAUUAUAACAUAAAACAAUGUUUGAUUCCUCCCUAAUCAUGUGAAAUUGCCAUUGCUGUAACAUUGUGAUAUAAUAAAGUUUCCUUAUCAAAUUUGCAUAAAUUUGAAUAUUUUAUCAAUUUGUAUCAUUCAUACAAAAAAGUACAAAGAAAAAGUAAGUGUGCAAAGUCAUUAACACUCCCUUGUGCAUGUCACUGUUGUGCAAUCUGUACAUGUUCUGUGAAAAUGUCAGUACUUUCUUAAAUACUUCCCAUUGUGACGAAAGUUUCAUAUUUAUAUAUUUUAAUUUUCUUUUUAUUCAUAUCAUUUCGUUUUAGGUUUGGGUGAACUUUCCCUUUAAGAAAAGCACAUUAACCUAAGAUUAAUGAAUCAUUACAUUUCAAUGUGUAUUUUGUAAAAGAAUUGAAUAAAAUCUGUAAUAAAAUCAUAUCUGCACCAGAAGAAGCAGACUAAUCCA